AUGGAGCGGCUCCUGCUCUGCGUCCUGGUGGUGCUCAGCACCAGUCUGGCCCGUGCCCAGGUGUGCCCCAAGCGCUGCAUGUGCCAGAACCUCUCUCCCUCCCUGGCCAUCCUCUGCACCCGGACCGGCCUCCUCUUUGUGCCCACCGUCAUUGACCGGCGGACGGUGGAGCUGCGCCUGACGGACAACUUCAUCACCGUCGUCCGCCGCAAGGACUUCUCCAACAUGACCAGCUUGGUCCACCUCACCCUCUCCCGCAACACCAUCAGCCAGAUCCUGCCCUACGCCUUCGCUGACCUCCGCAGCCUCCGCGCGCUACACCUGGACAACAACCGCCUGCUGUUGAUCGGCGCCGAGCAGCUGAAGGGGCUGCCCAACCUGCGCCACCUCAUCCUCAGCAACAACCAACUCCAGGACAUCUCUCCCGGGGCCUUUGACGACUUUGCUGGCACCCUGGAAGACCUCGACCUCUCCUACAACAACCUGGUGCAGGUCCCUUGGGACACCAUCCGCCGGCUCAACAACGUCAACUCCCUCAACUUGGACCACAACUUGAUCGACUACGUCCCUGAAGGGGUUUUCACCAACCUCCUCAAGCUGGCCCGAUUGGACAUGACGUCCAACAAGCUCAAGAAGAUCCCCCCGGACCCUCUUUUCCUCCGCAUCCCCGUCUAUGCCAAAUCCAAGGGGUCUCCUCUGUCCUCGCUGGUCCUCAGCUUCGGCGGCAACCCCUUGCACUGCAACUGCGAGCUGCUGUGGCUGCGGAGGCUCACCCGCGAGGACGACCUGGAGACCUGCGCCUCUCCGCCGGACCUGCUGGGGAAAUACUUCUGGACCAUCCCGGAGGAGGAGUUCAUCUGCGAGCCGCCGGUCAUCACCCGCUACACCGGCCGGCUGGUGGUGACGGAAGGCGAGGAGGCGGUUCUGCGGUGCCGCGGUGUGGGCGACCCUGAGCCUUCCAUCCACUGGGUCUCGCCGGAAGGCAAAGUGGUGGCCAACACCUCCCGGACGACCUCCUACGAGAACGGCACGCUCGAGGUGCUCAUCGCCACCGUCCAGGACACCGGGGCCUUCACCUGCAUCGCCUCCAACGCCGCCGGCGAGGCCACUACGUCCAUCGAGCUGGUGGUCAACCCUUUGCCACACCUCGCCAACGGCACAGCCUCCAAGCACCCCGAGGCGGCAGGGCCCUCGGAUAUCUUGACUCCGGCUAAGGGCGCCCUCCCCGCCGGUGCCAACGAAACGGGGGCCUCUCAGGACAAGGGGGUGGCGGCCUCGGAGGUGUCUGCCUCCUCGGUGCUGAUCCGCUGGUACCCGCAGUGGCACGUGCCCGGGAUUCGGAUGUACCAGAUCCAAUACAACAGCUCCUCGGACGAUACCUUAGUGUACAGGUGAGCAUCGCGGGGUCUCCAAAAGCGGCCGUUCUUGUUGA